AUGAUGAUCCGUAAUCUGGUGGUGAAAUGCCAUCGUUUAGGUCCCGUAACCUUUAAAGUUGGGUUCAAUUUUGUUAGGUUUUCUAGCAAUUCACAUACUUAUAUCUCUAAACCCAAUACAAGAGUUCGUAAGGUAAAGACUAAAGAGGAGAUUGCCAAUGAAUUAUUUGAACGGCAGUUGAAGUCAGACAACCGUCUUAUCAGGUGGGGAGCCAUUGCUCGAUCUGACAAGUUUAGGAAAGGUAUGACCAAAUAUUUAAUUGGUCUUUAUGUAAUAUUUUUAAUUUAUGGUGGUAGUUUUAUGAAAGAAUUGUAUGGCAAAGAAAAGGAAUUAGAAACGAUCCAAGCCAAAGAAACUACUGGUAAUAUCAAUGAGUAUGAGCAAUUGAGAAUGAAGUCUAUGACUGGUAAAUUGAGAACUAGGGAUAAAUUGAAAUUGGAAAAGUAUGAAGAAAUGAAGAAAGAGGGUAAAGAUAAUUUCGAUGGGGUAGAAUUGGAUGGUGAAGAAUAUGAGAUAAACAAUAAGAACAAACACAUAUUGCCUGCAAGAGACACCACCGAAUUCUAUGAAGGUAAGGCUGUUGAUUAUGAUAAAGAGGUCAAUUUUGAAGAAAGAAUGAUUUUUAUGGGCAGAAGACGUAAAUGGUUGAUGAGACAUUGCAAAGGAGAUGUAUUAGAAGUGUCUUGUGGUACAGGCCGUAAUAUCAAAUAUUUGGACCCAAGUCAAGUGCAUUCAAUUACAUAUAUAGAUUCAUCAAAAAAUAUGAUAGAACUUUCUCAGGAAAAAUUUAAAGAAAGGUUCCCAAAAUUUGCCAAUGCAGCAUUCGUCGUUGGCAAAGCUGAAGACCUAUUGAACCUAGCCAGCCGUAACGAUGAGGAAUCCAAAACUGUGAAAUAUGAUACAAUUGUUGAGAGUUUUGGAUUAUGUUCACAUGAAGACCCGGUGAAGGCUUUAAAAAAUUUUGCUAAAUUGUUAAAACCAGGUGGUAGAAUUGUAUUAUUAGAGCACGGUAGAGGUGAAUACGACUUCAUCAAUAAAGCUCUAGAUGAUAGAGCUGAAAAACGUUUAGAAACCUGGGGUUGUAGAUGGAACUUAGAUAUCGGUGAACUUCUUGACGAUUCUGGUCUUGACAUAGUCGACGAAUCAAGGACACAUUUAGGUACCACUUGGUGUAUCGUAGCCAAGAAGAAAGGUGACUCCAAGAGUAAAGAAGAAAUUGGGUUUUACGAGAAAUACGUCAGUUCUGGUGUCCAAUCAAAACUAGAAACUGCAUCAAAUUCUUCAAAACACCAACAAACAAAAUAA